CACACACACACACACACACACUUGUGAAUAAACACUCACACACUCCUGCCACAUGAGGCCCAGCAGCAGCCUGCUGUGUGUUAGUCACUGGGGAAAGUUACACUAGUGCAUGUGUGUGUGUUUUCAAUGCAGCAGCAGCGUCUCCUCUGCGGCAGAUUUCUACUUCAGUUGGGACAGAGCACAACAAGACAGAGAGAGAGUGGGGAGAUCGAGGUUCACCACAGCGGAAUCAAGGAUUUUACUCAAGUGAUCUCCAACAUGGAGGUGCCCAGGAGGCCUCAGCCCUCCUUCACACUACCUCUCCCUAAGCCGGCCUCAUCUGAUCUGUCUCCCCACGGAGCUUUAGAGAAGCUCUCCAAGAAAGAUGUAAUGAAAGAGAAGUUCCGGGAGACGGAGGAUGAAACCGCAGACACGGAUGAGUUUGGGGCAGAGACUUUCAGCACAGAGGAGGAUUUGAAUGCGUCGGUGUUUGUGGAGGCGCCUGCUGAGACCUCGGAACGUUUGGAUACAAAUACUUCCAAUCGGGAAACAAACGUCAGACUCUCCUCACAGGAUAGUUUCUCAGAGGACAGCUCAAUAUCAGAGGAGAGGUUGGCUGAGGAGGCAGAAGAGGCCAAAAAGAAGUCUAAAGAGGAGGAAGCGGCAGCUAAAGAGAGGGAAGCCCAGAGACAGAUGCUGGCCAUCGAGGAGCUGGUCCAGUCGGAGAGGAAUUACAUUCGACUGCUGGAAAUUAGCACCGUGACCAUCAAGAGCAACCUCCAGAAACUGCAGCCUCCUCCAGCCAACCUGGACAGCAUGUUUCUCUACAUCGAAGAUGUGAUUGACGUGUCAAGUCGACUUCUCAGCCUGCUGGACCAGAAACCGGUUGAGCCUGGAGACCCCCUCUUCCUGAAGACACUCUGUGAUUCGUUCCUCAGCCUGUCUUCAGACAUUGAGGCAGCCUAUAAGGAAUACCUGGCCAACUACACCAACAUUACAGUGGUGGAGAACGGCUACAAACAGAAGGAGGCGCUCUGGAACGAGAUUGUCAGAGUCAUCAAGGCCUCAGCGCCUGAAGUAAACGCCACCUCUCUGAGUUUCUUCUUGGUGAUGCCGGUGCAGCGAAUCGCCCGCUACCCCCUCCUCCUGCAGACCAUCCAGAAACACACUGAACGAACGCACCCAGCGUAUGGCCUUCUGGAGCAGACCGCUCACACCUCCAUCGCCUUGAACUGUCGCAUCAAUGAGUACAAACGCUUCAGAGAAGUUGCUGACAAAUACAAGAAGACAGAAACCUUGACCAUAAAGGACAAGAUCAACCGCCUCACCACACACAGCAUCGCAAAGAAGACAGCAAGGUUCAGCCAGCUCAUCAAACACGAGACUGGAAUAGCACCUAAGCUGGUGGAUGAGGAGUUUGACGCCCUGGAAGGUUUCUUUUAUGUUCUGGAACAUGGGAUCCUGGAGCUCCUUGAGAACGUGGAGACGUACCUGCACCACCUACAGGGAUUCCUGGCCUGCAAAACCGAGGAGUUUGAUUUAGAUAUGGAUGGAGAGAAGGCUCCCAUCUGCUACAAGGAGAUCACCACUGCUCUCAGACAGUGGAUUCUUCCUACAUUUGAGAAGAGGAUGAGGACGUUAAUCCACAAGCCGCUGUGUGCGCUCCGUGACCUCCUGGUGGGCCCGAGGAACCUGAUCAGAAAACGGCUGGACAAGCUGCUCGACUAUGAACUGAUAGAAGCCAAAUCCACUCUGAGCUACGAGGAACACGCUGUGGCCAACACAUACAGGACAAUGAACACGUUGCUCCUCAAUGAGCUUCCUCGGUUUAAUGAAGUGGCUCUGCAGAUGAUCUGGAGCAUGUUGGGCACGUUCAGCUGCCUGCAUAAAGACCUCGCCUCGGACAUGGAACAACUGUUCCAGAGCUUUGCACAACAGCUCCCUCACAGCUCCCUCAAUCCCAGUACAUUCUGGAAGUGGGCAGAGUCUGCAGUGCUGGAAGGUGCGGGAAGACUGGAGGCUUUGUGUCAAAGUGUAGAGGACACACUUAAUGCGCCUGCCGUCCAGCCUCUGAGUCCAUCCUCUCAGCGUCGUCUGAAGCAGCUAACAGAUAAGCACGGUUCUGGUAAAAUCUACCAGGUGAUGGGGACGGUGGUGGGCAGCCGGGACCUGGACCUGAACCUGGCCAGAGGCGAGCUUGUGGCCAUAAUCAGUGAGGCUGACAGCCGCGGGGACAAACGGAGAUGGCUGGUCGACGCAGGAGGCAGAAGAGGGUACGCUCCUUGUUCCAAGCUGAUCCGGUAUCACCAGGCAACAGAGGACCCGCCUUCUUCACCAUUCCUGACCCCGCCUGAUGGCAUGACAGAAAUCAGAAGACACUCCUACACUCCGGAGAGCCGGCCACUGACAGUCAUGAGCCGGCCAUGCUUCCAGAUACUGGCAGCAUAUGACUUCACAGCGAGAGGAAACCAUGAAGUUUCUCUUCGAGCCGGCGAGCCAGUUCGUGUCUUGGAGCGGCACGACAAACGUGGGAACCCUGAAUGGAGUCUAGUGGAGACGAGAGGUGGGAAGAGAGGCUACGUGCCCUCCAACUACCUCACAAUGGUUCCUUUGGGGACUGGGCCACCUGGCACAUACCAGCCUUACUGCUGAAAGGAAGGAGAGGAAAGAGCAGCAUGUACAAAAUGACUAGGGAUUCACCAACACUGUCUUUAAAAGGCCUACAGCAGUAUUUUUGUAAUGCAGGUGCACCUGCUUUUCAAACAAUAGCAUUAUUCUACAUAGUGACCAUCCGUUAUUUUCAUUGUCAAUGUCAAAAUCGGAUUCAUUUGAGGCAUUAAUACAAUAGUUAGAUGGCCACAUUGUUACUGUAGAACUAAAAGCCAAAUUCUGUUGAAAUGGGAUGACGAUAACCUUUGAGAUAUCCGCAGCGUUUUAGGAUGUCUCUGCUUUACUGUGGACAUGGUCCCACAGAAUGCUUUAUCUUACUCUGUGACACACUGGAAGAAAAUGAAGGAAGAUACAGCCCGUGUGCUGUAUUUUUUAUUUUUUCUUAAGAUGAUUUUUUGGGGGCUUUUCCCUUUUUAUUAGUGACAAUGGAUAGACAAGAAAGGGGGAGAGAGAUGGGGGAUGACACGCAGCAAAGGGCUGCAGGUUUGAUUCAAACCCGGGCCGCAUGCAGGACUCAGCCUACAUAGGGCGAACGCUCUCACUGGAUGAGCUAGGUCACCGCCCCCCCCCCCCCCCCCCGUGUGCAGGUUGUUACAUUGUGUCUUGCUCGUAAGCACUUUGGCAGGACAAAUGCUAUGGUCAGAUAGAAUUUUAACUCUGCAUCUUAAUGCUGAAGGACGAUCUAAAAGUUGCACUGCAAAUCCUCUCUGGUCCUUAUUACAAAGCACCAGAGAUGAUGGGGAUAAUGGUUUUGAAGGCGCAUGAGGGUCAGCUGAGCCCUACGUGAAGACGUAUCCCAGCAUCCUCAGCGAGACAUUAGGACACUUGAAUUGAAAACGAAAGGCUGCAUGUUCUCGUUGGAGCCUCUGUGUGUUUGCGAGCUAACUGCAACACUUGGACUCACACAGCGUGCGUGGUGCUGUACGUUGAUAUGAAGGUUGGUGUGUGUGUGGUGUGUGAUGUGUGGUGUGUGUGUGUGUGUGUGUGUGUUGUGUGUGUGUGUGGGUGGUGUGUGUGUGUGUGUGUGUGUGUGGUCUCCUCUCCUCACCUGGAGGCAGUAGCGGUACUGUAUUGAGACUGACAGGUACACAGCGCUCUCAUCAUCUCAGAUUGUGUAAUGUGAUGUAAAUGUUAAAUGUCUCAAGGGCUGAUUAGGAGAGAGAUAGAGAGAGGAGGAGAGUAGGUGGAGAUUAAAGACACAGGAUGGAAUUCAUACAGGGAGAAGAAGUAAAAGUGUUGGAGGGAAAAUGGAAAGAAGGAUGCGAGGAGGAAUAGCAGGCAGGCAGGAGACUCAGCAGCUCAGAGUCUUCCUUUUAUUCUGGAUGUGAAUUUUGUCUAAGCCUCCUUCAUUUUCCCACUCUAACCAUGAGCUGAUUUAAAAUAGACUCCUCUCUUCCUACAUUUAGUUUUGUAUCUGUAAAGUAGAUGUGUCACCGGUGUGCUUUCAUUUGCUCCUCUCCUAGUACAGUGCAAGACUAAAUUCCUUCUUGAGAUUGUUGCCUUGAAAAGAUUUUAAAUAGAUAUAAAAUAGUAUAGACAGAACUGAAGCGAACUUCUAAUGGAUUCAUAGGGACCUGGUGAGGCUUGUUGCUAUGGCUACUGUACAAUUAAUGCAGGUCGCGUCUCCCUGUGGCAUUUCUUCAAGUUGGAUGGACUGGGAAAACAUUUAGUUACCGCAGAAGUUAAGUUGUUUUUGUCGGUUUAGCAAAUGUCUUCCACUUCAGUAUCUUCUUGACACAGUGUUCAGACCUGCAUGACUGAACUGAAAAAGUACCAUGGCUUCAGUUCCUCCACUUCUGUAUUUAACAUGACAGAUUUAGUUUCAAUGCAUUUCAUUUUUUUAAUUCAGUGCAUUUUUUUUAAAGAAAACAACUCAUUGAAGUCUUUAUCUCCAUUACUUUAUGUAUGUUGUAUGUAUUUACAGCUACAAAUGUGUCUAUUGGGUGAAAAGGUCCAGAUGUCCACCCGUUAUAUUGAGCGGUCCCUAAUCCGACAGACUAAUUAAAGAGUAAGAAAACAUUCUUUAUGCCAGCAUUAAUGGAAAAGACCAAAAAGACUCGUCUGCACCAACUCUUACCCACCAUGUUGGAAAAGGGAUAAAAAGAAAACAAAUCUCUUUAGUUUAAUGUUUUUUUGUUAUUGUUGCAGUUUUGCCCCACCCUUUUCACUAAAUGCUCCAAUCACAGCUGAGCAAUAAUUCAUACGUCUGUGCAGGAGAGCAAGCUAGAUUCCCCAUUAUGUCCUCCUAGAGUUAUCAAAAUUAUUCUAUAAAUGUAUGAUUUGUUCUAGUUACAUGUGGGGCCUAUGCAAAUCUUGUCACAACUGUGCAGAGAUAAAAAUUAGAAUUUAAAGCUAUAGUGCGUAGUUUCUGCUACCCCCCUUUAGGAAUUCUAAGUAAUGACAUUAGAACUGUCUGCGCAUCUACAUGACACAAGCCUUCUGUGAUUGCGCACGUGCCCCCACCCCUCCUCCACGCAGUUGCUAGUAGCCAAGGAGGACACGGAGGAUUAAAAAAACCAUGAUGGACUUUACAGAAGAGGUCAUUACCUUUGCUUGAGCUUCUGCGCGGGAAAGUCACCGGACGCCACAAUCUUCUGAACAUAGUCCCACUGAGAAAUACAGAGGGAGUUGUGUGGAGCUGAUAGUCUUAAUUAGCUUUGUAGCAACUCGUUUGGAAAUAGCUUGAAUGUAGUGGACGAUCAUUAAUAUCAAAACAUUAUGCACGAAAGCUUCAGAGAUAUGCUCCCUGUUAAUCACUAAAUUCAUAUUUGGAUAAAGACAGUUUAUUAUUUGUUGUUGCUAGAUGUCUGUCUAAUAGGUGGACAACAUUAGUAUUAAGCAGUCACAAGACCGUUUCUACGCAGAGUUAAAAAGGGAUCAGUGUCAAUAUCCGGAUUUCCCUGCUUUUAGAGUAGGAUUUGAAUGUUUCGCAGCAGAGAAAUUUUAUAUAUUCGAAAUCAAGAAAGAAGCAGCGUUUGAGUCCUUCUUUUCGUUAUUCUUUCAUAUGUUUCCAACAUGGUGGUGUCUACUUGAUAUGCAUAUGACAUUCCUGAAAGUGGCACGUUGUUGCAUAAAAUAGAGCCUUUUUCCACUGGAUCGUGCUGUAUCAGCUGCAGUGCACGUGAAGCAGAGGGAGGGAGCUGCUCAGCUGGAGCUUAGCUGUUCCCGUUUGUCUGAAUGUCAGGACGGAGCAGAGCAGCAGGAGGGACAGCAAGAUCCAGUUUAUGACACAAGGGUGAGUGUGCGUGAAAUGUUACUAAUAUACCAAAAUAUUACAUGUCCUCAAGUUAAAUAUCAGGCUGAACUGAUGACAUUUUACCUGCCUUCAUCAGGCCAGUUGAGCGCGAUUGGAACAAUUCAGCCUAUGACAUUUUGUUAAAAACCAUGUAAUGGUUUUAAACCUUACGUUUUGGCAUGUAUUCCUCUUUUAAGUAUAUAUUUUUAAUUCCCAUCAAUGACAAAUUAACAGUGAGGAGCUGCUAUUUUUUAAUCCCUUACUUAUUCCCAGAGCAAAUAAGACCAAAAAUGUAAAUAAUGUUAAAAAGAAAAACUUAAUGAUUUCGCCACACACUUCUGGAAAACAUUGAGAGCCAUGUGUUUAUGAUAUUUAACCAUCAACAGUUAACAAUAAUGGAUAAGAAGUAAAGGGUGAUUUUUUUUUCUUUCUAUUAAAAAAUUAUUUCCAUCAGAAACUUUAGGUUAGCGCAUAAACAUAGUCCCUAAUUUGUGUUUAUGUGUGCGUGGAUCAAAGGAGGCUGCCAUUUUUCAACUCUCCACUAGAUAGAGUAGGAGAUCCUGUGUGUGUGUGUGUGUGUGUGUGUGUGUGUGUGUGUGUGUGUGUGUGUUGUGUGUGUGUGUGUGUGUGUGACCUCUUUACCUUUGACAGUAUUAGAGCUUGCCUGAGAACAGAGCCUGAACAUAAUCCUGUACAUUCUGUUCAUAUUUUUGGGGGGAUUUUUUUAAUUAUUGUUUUUAAUUAAGCAGCUGUCAUAACAACGUGUGAUGUGUAACGUGUUUAACCUGCUGAUAAUCUGGUUUCACCAUCUGUAAAUCAUUUCUGUCUAUAAUUUAUUGUUUUGUAACUGUGUUAAGUCAUGUUGUUGUUUCUUAACUUAUUUGAUGCCACAGGGCUACCUGAACACAACCAUAUAGUCUUUGAAGUGUUGCCAAACUUAUGAUUUUGAACACUCCACACACACACACACACACACACACACACACACAUACAUAGCAGAUGUCUGCAGCUCAGCAGUAGUAUCUGUCAGGGCAGCUGUGAACUGACUGUGUGUCUUCAAUAAAACUAACCAGAAACUUG